GGAAUCAUAGGCAGGAUGAAAGCAACUAAGUUUUUCUACGGUCUUCUGCGUGUGCAAUGUGUUUGAUGUGUAGGUGACAUAUUCUGAUUAAAUCACAUUUUUAAUUUCCUGUAUGGAACGAAGAAAAUAUAGCGUUACUAUUUUGAACUGAAUAUUCACACAUUUCUUGACUUUCAUAAUGAUGCAAAGCGAUGAUUCUGUUCGUCCUAGGCCAUCAGUGUUUGCUUGCACAACACAUAAAAUAUCGCAGGUUUAUCAGCAUAUUUUAGACAUUUGGACUCCACACACUAUUGCACGCUGGGUAGUUUCAGGAGUUUUGUUGAUCACUUUUCUAGCCAGAGUGUUUAUUUUACAAGGUUGGUACAUUAUAACAUAUGCUUUAGGAAUUUAUCAACUCAAUCUUUUCCUUGCUUUUCUUACUCCUAAAAUUGAUCCAGCUAUGGGUGAAGAUGAUGGGCCUAGUUUACCAACCAAAAUGACUGAAGAAUUCAGACCAUUUAUUAGACGGUUACCAGAAUUUAAAUUCUGGUAUUCUACCGUUAAAGCAACUCUGUUGGCUCUUUUUUGCACAUUUUUCCAAAUGUUUAAUAUACCUGUUUUCUGGCCUAUACUUUUGUUGUACUUCCUGACUUUAUUUGGAAUCACAAUGAAAAGACAAAUCAGACACAUGAUCAAAUAUAGGUAUCUUCCAUGGACAAGAGGGAAGACUAAAUAUAGAGGUAAAGAAGAUUCUGGUAAAGUAAUUUUAACAAAAUGAAAGCAUAGUUCAAUGUAGAUUGAUAUAAAAUGGUCAGAGUUAUGAAGUCGCUAGCAUGUUGGAAGUAUCUUUCAAGCUUUGACUUCAAAAAUAAUUGAGUUUACAAGUGAAGGAUCAAUAUCAUCAUGAAUACAAGAAGUUUUCAUCAAAAUAAUGCUGUGUGUGUGUUAAAAGGGAGAAAAAAUUAAUAAUUAUUUUUCGUCAGCAUCAUAUUUUCACCAAAACAUUGAAUUUUACAUAUGGCUUAUUUAUUUGUAUCAUUUGAUUAAUCUACAUUUUGUUCUAAAAAUUUCUUUUCUGCUUUAAUUAUCUCAUAUAAUUUGAUAAAUGCUGUAAGAUGUUACCAAAAAUUAUGUUCUGUUCAAGUUGUAUAGAUUCAUAUGGAACUUUUUUUAAAAAAUAAAAUAUUAAAAUUGGCUAAUCUGAUUAAAUAAAUUAAAUUGAAAAUUUGUCUCUUCAGAAUCUUUUAUUUGUGUUCACGUAUACAGGGCUGCUAUAAAUGAUUCAUACAGUUUCAAAGCACCUUACUUUAAAGUACUUUAAGUAUUUUAUAAUAAUAAUAAUUAUGCAAAAAGAAUUAGAAAUGCAUCCAAGCAUUUUCCCAUUUGCUAAAAAAAAUUCUAUACAUACCCCUUAGGUCACAUAAUAUACAUUCAACUAGUAAUCAAAUUCAGUCACCUUUUGUAGUAAUAGCCCCCAGGUCUUGUGAUAAAAAUGACAAGUGGUUUCUGUGUUUGGGGCUACAUUAAGUAUUGUGUUUUUGUACACCUCUUUCCAAAUGCCAACAAAACUAAUAGAAUUCAUCAGUUGCUGCUGUAAUUGACCAUUGAUAAGGGAUAGCUGCUGAAAGUAUGGACGAAAUUCAAUAUGCUUGGAUAUGUGUCAUGCUAUUAGCAAGGCACACAUAGAACAUUAGUAGUGUAUGAAAGAAAUUUAGUAAAUUAUGAUUCUUUUCUAUAUCACUUGCUAUUAUAUAUGUAAUACUUUUAAAAAUACAGUGUUUUGAAUUCUGAUGAAUUAUUUAUAAUAGCCCACUAUUUUGCAUUCUUUUAAUUUAUUCCAGUAACUAAUUAUAUUUGGUUGCAUAUUUAAAAUGGUUUGGUAAUUAAAUUGCAUCAUAAUCCAAAAGUCCCUGAUGCAUUUAAAAAAUACAUAAAUAAGAAAAAGGUAAGUGAUUACUGUAGCAAUUUGAAAAGUUUAAAAAAAUUUUCUGUUAUUAAAUCUAUGGUGUCAAAAGUAAUUUAUUUUAAUAUGAUAAAAAUAUUUCCUGGUUUCAAAUUACUAUUUGCAUACAAAUAUAUUGCAGUGAAUGUAACUGCUUGCAAUAAUACCUGAACAAGAAUUUUCCCGACAGAUGUAUUUGACAGCAUGCUAUAUUCUUAUGGCUUCCAGUUCACCAAAAACUAGAAAUCUUCAUUUAUUAUGAACAAAUAAUGUAUGUUGCAAAUGACAAACAUUGCAGAACUGAAAACAUAGUAUCAAAUACUGGAAAGAAUUUUUAUGCAAAAUAUUGCAGUCAGUUUUGAUAUGUACUUGGACUGAAAUUAAACAUGGAUUAGAUCUGUUUUUAGCCGUGAAAGUUUCAUAUAAUUGAAGUUUUGUAAUGAUGUGGUAAAACAAUUUUUUAACAGUAAGAAUAUCUGUAGAUUUUGUUUAUAUUUAUUUGGAUUUUUAAAUGUGUCAAGGACUUUUAAACCAACCUAUAUGUUCAAAUUUGUGUACAACUGGAUAUCUAUAAAAUGCUGUGUUCAGGAAUGAAAAUUCUCUGUAUGUAUGAAUUCCCAAAAGUAUUUAUACUCGGGGUUAAUUCUGGCAAUAUUUCAUAAAACAUUAAAAUAUUUUUUCUUGCAUAAAAUGGUAAAUGUUUGCAGAGUAGCUUUUUUCAAUAAAAUUUUACUCCUUGUAGGUUUAUGCAAACAGUAAAGUAUAUAUUGAUUAUUUUUAUUUUGAUGUUGUGCAUUUCAGUUUAUGUAGACUAUAAUAUUUGUUUCUUUCAGUAAAUAAAUUAUUUUUAUUGCAAGACUGUCUCAAAGUUUUAAUUUUGAAAUUGUCUUGGUUUCAUAUUUAUAAAGGCAUUAUAAUGUGUAAAUAGGAAGAAAUGAUUUGUUAUGAUGUAAAAGUUUUUAUUAAGCAUUUUAUGCAUAUUUGAUUGCAUUAUAGUGAAUAAAGUAAUGUCAUACAAAA